AUGUCGCCGCCAACGGCUGCGCAGGUGCUCGCCGCUAUGCGCGCGCUGUGUACGCUGCAAGGCCUGCGCCGCGUGCACACGUUGCGUGACAACACGCACUACUUCCGCCGCAGAAAAAGAGGCAAUUUCACAGCAGAUUUAGAAAACUAUGAUAGUGGGCCAAUGGCAUUGCAAAAUUAUUCCCAGGAGAUCCCGGGUAAAGACAAUUCACCCACAUCUUUAACAUCACAAAAGAACUAUAACAAAGUUUCUCCUACAUAUGUAGGUAUGCAACAAAAUAUUUUAUCAACGCCGCAGAGAAAUAAUAACAGCGCGGAGCAAUCAGCUGGCAUUACGCAUACAACAAGUGUUAAAGAAUUGUGUAGUGCUAUCUCGCCUAAGCAGGUAAAGGAAGCUAAUGAAUUAGCUCGUGUUAGUGGUAAAACGAAUAAACGGUUGUGCGAGAUGGGCGUGGUGACAUACGGGCAUGAAGACUCGCUAGUGGUGCCGAUGAUGGUGUUUACAUUGAGUAACAUAUCAGCCACUCUGGAGCGUCUCACGGCGCGCGAUGUCGCCACCGUAGACGUAGGAUUCCCUGCCACGCCGCUAUACAAAAGUCGAUUACGGUUCUGCCUGUCUGCGGCACACAGUCGAGAGCAGCUGGACACGUGCCUCGCUGCCAUACAAGAAGUCGUCGAGGAGCUCGGCCUGCAGUAUUCGCGGCGGCGCUAG